AAGUACAAAAAGAGAAGAAAGACUGUAGCGUUGCUGAGUCGUCGGAGCAAACCCACAAGAAAUAGUAUUGACGCGUGCUUCAGAUUUACAAAGACCAUGUCUUCCUCCUUCUUCAUUCUUUCCCUCUCCUACUCUAUUUCAACAAAUUAUUAAUAUCUGAGAUAUCCACACACACACACGCAGCGAGGAGAGAGGCAGCGAAUUUGAUCGCGUAAAGUCAGAGCCUUUGAUCUCUGAAUCACUCUCUCUGAGCUUCUGAGGUCUUUGGGGGAGUUUCUUACUUGGACAGAGAUUCUAUUGAGUAGUAGUAAUUGGAUUCGAUCUAUGUCUGGUUUACUGAUUAGAAUUCAAAUCUCUGAACCGCGUCUCGUUUCUUUCUUCGCGGGUAAUCACUGGCAUCAACAGUUCACAGGUCUGUCUUAUUACAAUGUGGGGCUCCUGUUUCUCAUGCCACAAGAGUGGAGGAGAACCUUCACAAGUUGAUAGAGAGAUCUCAGCGAUAAUCAAGGUAAAGAUUUACAAAUAUAAAGAGAUUCGCCAAGCUACUAAUGAUUUCGACGCCCUGAACAAAAUUGGAGAAGGAGGGUUUGGCUCUGUGUACAAGGGCCGUCUUAAAGAUGGAAAUAUCGCAGCUAUCAAAGUCCUUUCCGCCGAAUCAAGACAAGGCGUGAAAGAGUUCUUGACUGAGAUCAAUGUCAUAUCAGAGAUACAGCAUGAGAAUUUGGUUAAGUUAUAUGGAUGCUGCGUGGAAAGGGAUCACAGGAUUCUUGUCUACAACUAUCUCGAGAACAGUAGCCUCGACAUGACGCUUCUAGCUGGGGGAUACAUUAAGAGUGGGAUACAGUUUGAUUGGAGUACUCGGUCCAGAAUCUGCGUUGGUGUUGCUAAAGGUCUUGCCUUUCUUCAUGAAGAAGUAAGGCCUCACAUCAUUCAUAGAGAUAUCAAAGCGAGCAACAUCCUACUUGACAGAGAUUUAUCUCCCAAGAUAGCUGACUUUGGACUCGCCAAGCUUAUGCCGCCGAACAUGACUCAUGUCAGCACUCGUGUCGCCGGUACAAUUGGUUAUCUAGCGCCAGAGUAUGCGGUUAGGGGACAGGUUACGCGCAAAGCUGAUGUUUACAGCUUUGGAGUCCUUCUGAUGGAGAUAGUCAGUGCAAGAAGUAACAAAAACACACGGUUACCCCAGGGGUAUCAAUAUCUUCUAGAAAGAGCUUGGGAUCUUUAUGAGCGAAAUGAGCUCGUGGAUCUCGUCGACACAGGGCUAAACGGAGUCUUUGACGGAGACGAAGCUUGCCGGUACUUAAAAAUAGGUCUUUUGUGCACGCAAGACAAUCCUAAGCUAAGGCCAAGUAUGUCCACAGUGGUGAAGCUGUUAACAGGGGAGAAGAAGGAUAUAGAGAGCAGGAACAUAACCAGACCGGGUUUGAUUUCUGAUUUUAUGGACUUGAAAGUGAAAGGACCGGUCGAGAAAAAGCCAGAGGAAGUGAACAGACGCAGCAACUACUACACGAAUCUUUCUUCAGAUAAUGCCUCGUCUAGCACCGGGACUAGAGAUAACUCAAAUGCUUACUCGUCAGGGGCUUCUUCAUCUACUGCGGUUUCUACACUCAGCAGUACCAUUUAGAAAAGAAAAGGAGAAAACGUUUUUUUUUUGUCUUUGAUGUUUUUGUGGUCCCAUCAUCUUCUUCUUCUUCUUCCUUGGACCCAAACAGAAGGUUUCUUUCUGUUAGAUUUUGUCUUUAGUUGCAAUCAUAGAUUUGUGUGUAUGUAUAUAAGAUUGAAACCGUAUCUGAAUUGGUCCCCAAAAAAUAGUUAUGAUGUCUGAUAUCUAUAUGUUGUAGCUUCAUUGA